AUGAAUAUGUUGCCCUUAGCUAAUUCCUGCAACAUUUUCGUGGCUCAACAGAACUCCGCCCCUCCCCUGGUGGACUGGUCUGGUCUUCCCACAUUGGUGCUGCUAGUGGCCGCUGUGGUCGCGGCGACGGCUGUGGCAGUCCGCGCGGUCGAGACCCGUCCUAAAGGCUUGCCGGGGCCCCCUGCUCUUCCGCUGCUGGGCACAAGAUGGCUGUUCUGGAGUAGAUACAAGAUGAACAAAUUGCACGAAGCGUAUGCAGACAUGUUGAGGCGAUACGGGCCGGUGUUCGCCGAAUGCACGCCGGGUGGAGUCGCCGUGGUGUCCAUCGCUGACAGGACGGCCUUGGAAGCCGUGCUCAGGACUCCAGCGAAGAGACCCUACCGCCCCCCUACUGAGAUCGUGCAGGUUUACCGGAGGAGUCGCCCAGACCGGUACGCUUCGACCGGACUUGUUAACGAGCAAGGCGAGAAGUGGCAUCAUCUCCGGCGGCAUCUGACUGCGGAGCUGACCAGCCCACACACGAUGCACAGCUUCCUGCCACUGCUGAACAGCACCAGCGACGACUUCCUGGCACUGCUGCAGGCUUGUCGCGCACCUGAUGGCACUGUGCUUGGAUUCGACCAGCUCACUAACAGGAUGGGGCUUGAAUCUGUAUGCGGCCUCAUGUUAGGGACAAGGCUGGGAUUCCUGGAGCGCUGCAUGUCAGGUCGAGCGGCCACACUCGCUGCGGCCGUGAAGGCACACUUCCGGGCCCAAAGGGACUCGUACUACGGCGCCCCACUGUGGAAAUUCGCUCCUACCACUCUGUAUAGGACGUUCGUGAGGAGCGAGGAAACAAUCCAUACGAUAGUAUCGGAAUUAAUGGAGGAGGCGAAGUCGCGAACUAAAGGCAGCGCACAGGACGACGGCAUGCAGGAGAUCUUCCUUCGCAUCCUGGAGAACCCCGCGCUAGACAUGCGCGACAAGAAAGCGGCCGUGAUAGAUUUCAUCACCGCUGGAAUUGAAACGCUAGCAAACAGCCUGGUAUUUCUACUGUACUUGCUAAGCGGUCGGCCGGAUUGGCAAGAGAGAAUCCGGUCAGAAGUGCCUUGUAGCGGAGAGUUGCACGCCAAGGAUAUUGCAGCGGCCCCGUCAGUCCGUGCUGCUGCGAUGGAAGCCUUCAGGCUAUUGCCAACUGCACCAUUCUUGGCUAGAUUGCUGGAGGCGCCUAUGAACGUGGCCGGUCACAAACUACCCGCUGGAACGUUCGUUCUGGCGCAUACUGGAGCCGCGUGCCGGCACGAGGAGAACUUCUGGCGCGCGGAUGAAUACCUGCCCGAGCGGUGGGUCACUGUGCGGUCGCCGCACGCCGCCGCACUAGUGGCGCCUUUCGGCCGCGGUCGCCGCAUGUGUCCCGGCAAGCGGUUCGUGGAGAGCGAGCUGUACCUGUUGCUGGCUAAGAUAAUGCAAAGAUGGCGAGUGGAAUACGACGGUGAAUUGGACAUCCAAUUCGACUUCCUUCUGUCACCAAAGUCGCCGGUAUCGUUGCGACUAGUUGAGUGGUAG